CGUUAAUUUUUUUUUUUUGCCAAAUGUGUUGGUGAGUGUUUUGGACAGUUUUGGAGUACAUUAAGUUUAGUCGAAUGAAAAAAAAAGAAAAAAACAAAUUUAUCAAAAAAUUAAUUUUAACUAUUUGGUGAAUAUUUUAAAGCCAAUUUUUAAUUAAAUGAUUAAAAAAAAUGUUUCAAUGGAUCUUCUACUGGCAUUGUUUGCAUCAAUAACAAUUGUUGUCGUUAAAACGACUGAAGCAUUUAAUGUAUGUGGACCAACAACAAAUGAUGAAACAUCAUCCAGUUUAAUUUUUGUAUCAACAUUGGAUGGAAAAUUAACAGCACUUGACCUUGGUGAAAAUGGUAAGCCAAAAUGGUCACUUGAUUUUGAUGAGGAACCAAUGUUAUCAUCUGGUACUCAUGGACGUGAGUUAAAUAAUGAUGGAAGCUGGAUAAGAAUGAUUCCAUCAUUAAAUGGUGGACUUUAUGUAUUUGAUGGUAAUAAUGUUAAGGCAGUACCAAUAACAACAGAUCAAUUAUUAAAAUCAUCAUAUCGUUAUUCUGAAGAUGUUGUUUUUUCUGGAGGUAAAGAAACACGUUCAUAUGGUGUAUCAAGUACAACUGGUAAAAUAAUUUAUCAAUGUAACAUCAAUGGUUGUAGUAAUAAUACAGAUGAUGAUUCAUAUAUUGAACAUGAUGAUGUAUUGAUUGUUCAAAGAUUUCAACAAACAGUUAGAGCUGUUGAACCAAGAACUGGACAUGAAAAAUGGAAUUUUAGUGUUGGACAAUAUCAAAUUGAAUUAAUACCACGUGAAAGUCAUGAUUGUAAUAGUAAAUUAACAAAUAUUGCAAAUGAUAUUGAACUAAGAGUUGUUGUUCCUGAUGGUAUUGUUUGGGCAAUUAAUAAAACAAAUCCAAAUGUUAAAUUAUGGCAGCAUAAAUUUGAUUCACCAAUUGUAUCAAUAUGGCGUGAAGGAGCAUCAAAUGAUAAUGAUAGAUCAAGUAAAUUAAAAUCAGUUAAUUUAUUUGAUAGUACAAAUUGGAGUAGAGGAUCAAAUUUUAUUGAAAGUCCAAGUAUUUAUGUUGGUAUGCAUGAUAGACAAUUAUAUAUACAAGAAAAUACUGAUAAAAUAAAUGAAUUAAAUAUUAAAACAUCAAAACAAACAACAUUUCCAUGGCAACCAUAUCAAGCAACUGAUACAGCAAUUGCUGUUGUUGAAAAUUCACCAAAAACAACAGCACUAUCAAUUUUAUAUAAUACUGAAUAUGUUAAUGGUAAUGGAUUUUAUUUACAUACUAAAGAACAUCAUGAAGAAUCUCAUCAGUGUAAUAAAACAGAAGAAAAUAUUAUAAUUCCACAAGUUGAAACAACAUCAACAACAACAACAACAAAUUAUGAUAAUUCAAGUAAUGAUAAUGAUAAUAAUGUUGAUGAAGAAACACCAGUACAAAUAAUAAUUGUAUCAUUAUGGUAUUGGUGGAAAGAAGUUAUUAUAAUAUCAAUAACAUCAGCAAUAUUACUUAAUUUUAUGUUACCACAAAAAUUAUUAAAUGCAACAACACCAGCAAAAGAUGGUGUAUUACCACCAUUAGUUGUUGAAAGACACUUUGAAACAUCAAAAGAAAAUGAACGUAAAUUAUCAUUUAAUAAUCAAGAUAAUAAUUCAGAUUUUAAAUCAAGAUAUUUAACUGAUUUUGAGCCAAUUGAUUGUUUAGGUAAAGGUGGUUAUGGUGUUGUAUUUGAAGCAAAAAAUAAAAUUGAUGAUUGUAUGUAUGCUAUUAAAAGAAUAUCAUUACCAAAUAGUCAAGAUUCACGUGAUCGUGUUAUGAGAGAAGUUAAAGCUUUAGCUAAACUUGAUCAUCAUAAUAUUGUUCGUUAUUUUAAUGCUUGGCUUGAAUGUCCACCAGCUGGAUGGCAAGAAACACAUGAUUCAAAAUUCAUUGAUAAAAUGAGAUUUUCACCAUCUGAAUUACCAUCAGAAACAUCAAUGUCAACAAAACCAAGUGAUCAAGUAUGUAUUGAUGUACCAUCAAGUAAUAGAUCAUCAGUUGAUAGUGCAUUUGAAGCUGUUGAACUUAAUAAAAUUAAUGAUGAUGAUUCUUAUAUUGUUUUUGAAUCAUCUGAAUCAUCAAAAUCAAAUAAAUCAUCAAUUUUUAUUGAAGAUGAAUUAGAUAAUAAUGAUAAUUCAGAUUCAAUUAUUUUUCAAAAUAGUACAUCAUCAGCAAAUAAUAAUUUAAAUACAACAAAAUCAAUCAAUAAUAAUGAUACAAUUGAUGAAUCACAAUCAAUUAUUUUUGAUUCUUCAAUAUCAAAUUUAAAUGUUGCUGAAAAAAUAAAAAAAAAAGCAUCAUUUUCACUUGAUUUAAAUAAUAUUAAUAAUACAAAUAUUACAAAUAAUAAUAAAACAACAAAUAAUAAUAAAAAAAAUAAUAAUAAAACACCAAAAAUGUUACUUUAUAUACAAAUGCAAUUAUGUCAAAGAAAAAGUUUACGUGAUUGGUUAAAAAAUCAAUCAACACCAAGAGAUUGUAGUAAAAUUAUUUUAAUAUUUCAACAAAUUGUUGAUGCUGUUGAAUAUGUACAUUUACAAGGUUUAAUACAUCGUGAUUUAAAACCAUCAAAUAUAUUUUUUGCACUUGAUGAUAAAAUUAAAAUUGGUGAUUUUGGUCUUGUUACGGCAAUGACUGAGGGUUAUGAUAAUGUUGGUACACCAAAUGAUGAUACAUAUGAAAUUAAUGAAAAAAAUGGUAUUCAUACUGCUUGUGUUGGUACACAUUUAUACAUGUCACCAGAACAAAGUGAUGGACAAUCAUAUAAUUAUAAAGUUGAUAUUUAUUCACUUGGUAUUAUAUUAUUUGAAUUAUUAAAUGCAUUUAGUACAGAAAUGGAAAGAGUAACAGCAUUAUUAAAUCUUAGAAAAACAAUAUUUCCACAUGGAUUUGAAGAUAGAUAUCCAAACGAGUAUAAACUAUUAAAAAUGAUGUUGGAUAUAAAUCCAUCAAAGAGACCAACAACUUAUGGAAUCAAAGCACAACCACCAUUAAAUAGAACAGAAACUGAUGGAUUAUCUGAUGAUGGUGAUAAGUGGCAUUUUGAUUUACCACAAAUAAGUAGACAUUCAUCAACAACUGGCAGUAGUAGCAGUGGUACUGGUGAAUCAUAGAAAUAAUUUUUUUAAAUUAAUGAUAAAACUCAAAUGAAUAUUAUCAUAGCUGUUGUAAAUUACAAAAUCAUAAAAAAAAAAAAAAAAAAGACAGUUAGCAUUAUUAUAUUAUUAAUUAUUAACAAUACUUGUUGUUACAUAUUAUAAUGAGUUUAAAUUUUGAAUGUACAAUUUUGUUUAGUGACGUUAAACGGUUAUUUUUUAAUAUUUUUUAACCGAUAUUAACUGUUAAUCAGUUGUUGCCAA